AUGGCGCUCUCUGAUCCAGGUCUCGAGAUAUUAGUCAACUCUCCAGAAGCUGUUGAGAACGCUCAUUUCACGGCACUAAUCUAUAAGAAAUACAAUCCAGUACCAGAUAACAAUGUGGAGACUGCUACCGGGACAUGCAUCGAUACAAUCCAAGGCUUUAAGAAUGAGAAGCCCAAUAGAGACGUCUGGGGUCGUGCCAUCAGCGAAGCCUGCUGGACCGCCAAACAAAGCUUUUCUGACCGAUUCGAUAAUGCUUCAGAUCAGGCUGUCGAAACUAUUGCUGCCCUGCCUCCUACGCAGCAAGAAGGAGCCGCCGCACUCUUCAGCUACGGCAUGGGUAUUGUCAGAAAGAUUACCAAUCAGGCAUCAGACGGAAUUCUGGACAUUGACACCAAGGAACUUUUGGCGGGGAAUUGGAAUAAACUUACAGAAGUGGAUAACGAUGUCAAGGCCGGGUGCAGCGCCGCUAGAGAUGCCCUGAAUUCGAUGUUCUAG